AUGUUGGGCGAGUUGGAACCGUUAUUUGUGCUGUGCCAUGGCAUGCUCCAGCUGGCCCAGCUGUUGGUGUCUGGAUAUCUGAAGAGCUCCAUCUCCACCAUAGAGAGACGCUAUGGCUUCUCUAGCCAGAAGUCUGGCAUCUUGGCAUCCUUCAAUGAGGUGGGGAACAUAGUCCUGAUAGUGUUUGUUAGUUUCUUUGGUAGCCGUGUCCACAGACCACGGUUCAUUGGUGGAGGGGCACUGGUGGUCAGUCUGGCUGCUCUGAUAAUGGCCAUGCCUCAUUUCAUCAGUGGCCCCUACCAGUACACAGACCACAUCAGCGAAUCCAAGGAUGACGACUCUGGCCUCUGCCAAUUAGAGAGCUCUUUCCAAUCAACCUUGUCCAAUCAUAGCUGCACUCAGCAAGAGAGUCACUCCCAGCAGGGAGUAUUCCCACUCCUGCUCCUAGGACAGCUACUCCUGGGAAUCGGCGGCGUUCCCAUCCAACCCUUCGGAAUCUCCUACAUUGAUGACUAUGCCAGCAAGAGGAACUCUCCUCUCUACCUCGGCAUCCUCCUGGCUGUCACGUCUAUUGGUCCUGCUUUUGGCUUUAUGAUGGGCUCCUUCAUGUUGCGCUUUUAUGUCGACAUCGACAAGAUGUCCAAAGAUCAGAUAGGUCUGGAGCGAGGAGACCCUCGCUGGGUGGGAGCCUGGUGGCUAGGCUUCUUGGUGGCAGCCUCCUUCCUCUUCCUCACCUCCCUGCCCUACCUCUUCUUCCCCCGGCAGAUGCCCAAAGAGGAAAAUGGAGGCGAUGUCACAGAGCCCAGAGCAGAAGAGGAAAAGAAACCACUGCCAGACCCCGUCCAGGAACUCACCCUCACACAGUUUCUCAAAAGUUUCCCUCGUAUCGCCCUGCGGACCCUGCGGAACCCCAUCUACCUUUUGGUGGUGCUGGCACAGGUCCACCUGGCAGCGAUGGUAGCCGGCCUCGCCACCUUUAUGGCCAAGUUCAUAGAGCGCCAGUUCACCCAGACUGCCUCCUUCUCCAACAUGAUGAUCGGUGGGGUGAGUAUCCCUCUAGCGGUGCUGGGCAUCGUGCUAGGUGGGGCUCUGAUGAGGAGGCUGAGUAUGUCUACUAGAGGCUCCGCCCUCAUGUGCACGGCAGCCAUCUUGAUGUGUAUGCUCACCGCUCUGCCUCUCCUCCUCCUCGGCUGCUCCACACAGAGUGUCACUGGCGUCUACCCCACCACACAGAAUGGUUCCUUGGGGUGUAAAGCUGGGUGCUCCUGUCCGACCGAGACUUUUAACCCGGUGUGUGGCUCAGACGGGGUGGAGUUCAUAUCACCCUGUCAUGCAGGCUGCAUGACCAAAGUACAGGACAACAACACCAUCAAAGUCCUGAACUACACAAACUGUGGCUGCAUCAACGGGUCCCAUGCGUUGCCGGGGACAUGCGGUAGCAACUGUGAACACCUCCUCUUGCCCUUUAUGGUUCUCUCUGCCCUCACCUGCUUCAUCGCAUCCUUCUCACAGACGCCAUCAUACAUGAUGAUACUGAGGACAGUGAGAACAGAGGAUAAGUCUUUUGCUGUGGGAGUUCAGUACAUGCUCUUCAGAAUGCUGGCAUUCCUGCCUGCCCCAGUCCUGUACGGCAUUGCCAUAGACACCACCUGUAUCCUCUGGGGGAAGAAGUGUGGGAGGAACACAUCAUGUCACUACUACAACAUGGACCUCUUCAGACAGAGGUUCCUGGGACUGCAGGUGUUGUUUGUUUGCGGAGCGUUCAUCUGCUUCCUGCUCUCUCUCCUCAUCCUGAGACAUAGGGCAGGACAACAAGGCCAGCAGGCGGGACAGAGAUACACUGUGGUGAACGGAGUAAAGAGUCCAGACAACAACACCGCCUCCAAAGAACUGCAGAGGAUGCCAACAUGA